AACCACGAAGAGAAAGUGGAAUCUGAGAUCGGGUUCUUUUGUUUUAGGAAGAAUCAAAACAUAUGAAAGCGAUAGAUCACGUCAUUCUUCCCCUGUAAAACUUUUUUUUCACUUACUUAUUUUAGUAAACAGAAAAGAUAUCAUACAAAAAAAAAACCUUCCAUCAAACGAAUUCAAUUCAUUAAAGGAAAUCUCUCUGAAUCAAAUCAAUUUUUCUCAUUUCUUGGUUUUUUUAGAUCUCCAUUCGAAGAUUAUCAAAGGGUUCUCUUUGUUUCUGAUUACAUGCAAAAGCCAAUAUUGGAUUGAUCACUCAAGAAUUGAAUUUUUGGAUAUCAGAAAUUUUUUCUCUGUAAUUAAUGAAGAGCUAUAUUGGGUAGUUAUUAAGAAGAUGUAAAAGAUACCAUUUUUAUAUAUUGUUUGAGUUAUUGCAGAUCUCUACUCUUUUUUCUAAAGGUUAUACAGGAUUCUUGUGGGCUAAAAGGUGGUGGGGUUUCUCUUUUUGGCUUCAUAAGGUGUUAUCCAAUUAGUUUUGCAAGUGUUAUCUGCUUGUUAAUCAUCAAUUUGCUAUUGAUAUUGGCAAUAAAAUUUAGACAAUUUCGGAAGGAAAGUUAUUAUAGGAUAAAGGGUACAUCAAUCUUUGUUUGAUUUGGAAGGAUUUCCGGGUUCUUAAUUUGAUUGAGUAUUGGGGUUAUUAUUAGUAGAAGGACAUUGUUGCAUAAGGUUUCUUCAAUUGAAUUCAGAGAAUUGUUAAGGGAGUUUGUGGUGGUUAUUGAUUAAGAAAAUUGGGUAAUUAAAAAGUUGGAACGACGGGUGAAACGGAGAAACUCGGUUUGUUUCUGACAGCAGCAGAUCGAUCAGUUGAAAAUAGGGGAUUCAAUUGUCUGGCUGGUCUGGAUUGCUUACUCGAGAUAAUCAGGGCCCUCAGGAUGGGGUCCUGCCUAUCGACAGAUGGGACGAAUCCACACCCUUACUCUCCUACAUUUCCUUCGGGAGGUAGGAAGCACAGGAAGAAGAAGGGGUUGAGAAGUAGUUCUUCUUUUGAUUCAAGAAGAUCAGAACAGUUAAGUAGAACUCCUGGUCGAUUGUAUUCUAAUGGGGCUAGUAAUGCUGCUUCACUUUUUACCCAACAGGGGAAGAAGGGGACCAAUCAGGAUGCCAUGAUUGUCUGGGAGAAUUUCGGCUCACGAACAGAUACUGUCUUCUGUGGGGUUUUUGACGGUCACGGGCCCUAUGGUCAUAUGGUUGCUAGAAGAGUGAGGGACUCUCUUCCUUUGAAACUCAGUUCCCAUUGGGAAGUAAAUAUAGGCGGUGAUGAUGGCUCCAGGCAGAACAGCAUUUCUGGAAUGGAAGGCGUGAUUGCAGAAGAAAAUACCCCUCUAUGUGAGGAUGAAGAAUCUAGGGGGUCCAUGGACAUUGAAGAUAAAGACAAAUAUCCAGAGAUCUAUCUGACACUGAAAGAGUCCUUUCUAAAGGCUUUCAAUGUUAUGGAUAAGGAACUGAAAAUGCACCCAACUCUCGAUUGCUUUUGCAGCGGAACAACAGCUGUCACCUUGGUCAAACAGGGUCAGGACCUUAUAAUCGGAAACGUAGGGGACUCCAGAGCCAUACUGGGGACAAGAGACCGAGAUGACUCUCUUAUCGCUGUUCAGUUGACAGUGGACCUCAAGCCUAAUCUCCCACGCGAAGCAGAGAGGAUCAAACAAUGUAGAGGGCGGGUUUUCGCCCUUCAGGAUGAGCCAGAGGUUUCCCGAAUUUGGCUGCCUAACAAUGACUCCCCUGGUCUGGCUAUGGCUCGGGCUUUUGGGGACUUUUGCCUGAAGGAUUUUGGUUUGAUAUCUGUUCCUGAGGUUUUUUAUCGGCGCCUCACUGAGAAGGAUGAGUUUCUCGUUUUGGCUACAGAUGGGGUAUGGGAUGUGCUCACGAACCAGGAAGUGGUAGACAUAGUGGCCUCAGCUCCUACACAAUCUGCUGCAUCUCAUGCACUGGUAGAGUCGGCAGUUCGAGCUUGGAGGUCAAAGUACCCAACUUCCAAAGUAGAUGACUGUGCUGUUGUGUGCCUCUUUCUUAAGUCCAGUCCAACCAACAACUCCCCAACUUCCAAAGAAAAUCAACCAGCAUUAGAAGAUCUGCUAAGCAUGGGUCCUGUAGAACUGAACCGAUCAGGAACUGUUGUACGAGCUUGUCCUGAGAUUCAACCUGAUGAAGAUGAAGAAAAUGCAGAUCUUGUGGAACAGCCAAACUGGUCAGCUCUGGAAGGUGUUUCACGUGUCAACACACUGUUAACUCUGCCGAGGUAUGUCCCUGGUAAAGAUGGAAAACCCUCGAUAUCAAAAUCUCGAAAAUGAAGGAGCUCAAUUUCAUUCUUUGUUGUCACUGUAUUUAUAUAACUGUUAUUAUCAUAUAUUACCACUCCUACAUUGUUUUAUCUAUUUAUAUUGUUUUUUCUGCUUUCAAACACCGUAAAAAAAAAAAAAAAGCUUGUUUUGUAGGGUGUUUGAUGUAUUUGGUUUUUGGAUCGGAGAGGUUUGAUCAGCUUUUAUUAGUGUCUGGGAAAUCCUCCUUUCUCAGAAUGUCUUGUGGAAUUGGAAUUUUUGUAAGAUCCAACUCCAUUUUACCAUGGUUUUUUUCUUUCUGUAUGGAGAGGAUUCUUUUUUUCUUUUUAAAAGUGAUUUGUUAUCACUUUUAAUUGUUCCAAGUUGUUAAUGAUAAUUUUGUGAAGUUGUCAAAACUUUUGUUUAUAUCUGUAUUA